AUCUUCUCUUUUCCCAUACUGGAAAUUCAUUCCAGUUCUUCAAACCUUUCCCAACAAUCCCAUGGGUUUAAACGAAGCAACCGGGUCGGGCCAGCAAGCCGGGCCGGGCGUAGAUGAGGCGGGUCCUAGUACCAGUAGCAACCCGAGCUCGGCACGGCGUUUCCCACUGGCGGCUCAGCCGGAGGUCAUGAGAGCCGCCGAGAAAGACGACCAGUACGCCUCCUUCGUCUACGACGCUUGCCGCGACGCCUUCCGCCACCUCUUCGGUACAAGAAUUGCUGUGGCUUACCAGAACGAGACGAAGCUUCUUGGGCAAAUGCUCUAUUACAUUUUGACUACAGGAUCUGGGCAGCAAACCCUGGGAGAAGAGUACUGUGAUAUCACUCAGGUUGCAGGGGCUUAUGGGCUGCCACCAACGCCAGCGAGGCGCGCACUUUUCAUUGUGUACCAGACGGCUCUUCCUUAUAUUGCAGAAAGAAUUAGUUCUCGAGCUGCUAACCGCGGCCUUCUCCUGGCUGAUUCCCAGUCUGAUGAGGUUUACAGCAUCAGUGCUUUGAUGAGCAAUGAUGCACAGUCUUCUUCAAUCAGUCGUGGGGUGUCUUCUUCUGCACCGCUGGAGUCUGUUUCAGCGUUUAAAAGAUUGAAGCAGAGGUUGAAUGGAUUGUGGCUUUCUGCAGUUCGGAGAUGGCCUACGGUUCUCCCGAUUGCUCGAGAGUUUUUGCAAUUGGUUAUACGUGCCAACCUCAUGUUCUUUUACUUUGAAGGUCUCUAUUAUCAUAUAUCGAAACGUGCAGCUGGCAUUCGUUAUGUGUUCAUUGGAAAACCAUCUAACCAAAGGCCUAGAUACCAAAUUCUGGGCAUAUUUCUACUGAUUCAGCUUUGUAUCAUCGCUGCUGAAGGAUUACGGCGUAGCAAUUUAUCCUCUAUAGCAACUUCAGCUCAGCAGACCUUUGGCACACACCAAACUUCAUCAGGUCGAGAUUUGCCUGUGCUAAAUGAGGAGGGUAAUUUGAUAUCAGUGAAUGGUGCCAAGGGUAGUUCGUUUUCUGAUUCAUCAUCUUCAGAGGUGAGUGGAAUCAGCAAAUGCACGCUCUGUUUGAGCAAUCGCCAACACCCUACAGCCACACCUUGCGGCCAUGUAUUCUGCUGGAGCUGCAUUAUGGAAUGGUGCAACGAAAAACCUGAAUGCCCCCUCUGCCGGACUCCUAUAACUCAUUCAAGCCUAGUCUGCUUGUACCAUUCGGACUUUUAGCAGUUGGUCAUGGUUAACUACAAUAGCAGUGAGAGCCUCAUGUCCUGUUUAAAGAUACCAGAGUAUUGUAUGUAACCGGGAAUAAUAGAUAGGUUAAAGUAGAAGAGGAUUGUCUAGCAAUGAGUUUUCCUCUCAAUUCUGUAGUAGCAGCAAGUUAAGUAAGAAGACAUGAGAUUAUAACAUGUUUUUUCUACUUAUACGUAUUUGCACAACAUUGUAAUUCUAUUGGUGCAAAUAAUUUUGUCGAAUUUAAAUC